UGAAAAUGGUUAAAAAUGCUCGAAACCGUUGAAAUCGGCGGGACUCGAAGCAUCCAUAUAAAUGCGCCAAAUCUUCGAAAGCACAUAUUGCUCUUACCGAGAGGAUUUCGAAUUUUGGGGACGCAGAUUUGGCGGGAAAAUGUCGAGCCACCGCAUCGGCGACAACGACGGCAACGGAAGUCGAUCGGCGCUCGUCUUCCUGGGCACCGGCUGUUCGAAUUCCGUUCCUAAUCUGACUUGCCUCAUCCAGCCACAUGACCCCCCCUGCCGUAUCUGCUCUCAGGCACUGACGGUUCCCCCGGAGCUCAACCCAAACUACAGAUGCAACACAUCACUGCUCAUUGAUUAUUGCCGAAGUAAUGGUGAGCACAAGUACAUAUUAAUCGAUGUAGGGAAGACAUUUAGGGAGCAAGUUCUAAGAUGGUUUACGCGCCAUGAGGUUACUCGAGUGGAUUCUAUUAUUUUGACUCACGAACAUGCGGAUGCGGUUCUUGGUUUGGAUGAUAUACGUGAUGUGCAACCUUUCAGUUCCACAAAUGAAAUUAACCCGACACCUGUUUACCUAACACAAGAUACGAUGAAGAGCGUAGCAAUGAGGUUCCCGAACUUGGUGAAUAAAGGACUUAGAGAGGGCCAGGAAGUGAGACGGGUAGCACAGCUUGACUGGAAGAUCAUCGAGGACAGUUAUGAGAAACCAUUUAUUGCUUCAGGCUUACAGUUUAUUCCUUUACCAGUUAUGCAUGGAGAAGAUUAUGUUUGUGUGGGUUUUCUCUUUGGGGAAAAAUGUAAAGUAGCCUAUGUAUCUGAUGUCUCACGAUUUCCUCCAAGCACAGAACAGGUCAUUUCAAAAAGUGGAGCUGGGCAGUUGGAUCUUCUUAUCUUGGAUGCACUACGUAGGACUGGAUCCCACAAUGUCCAUUUCUGCCUUCCGCAGACUCUUGAAGCAGUAAAGAGGAUAUGCCCAAAGCAAGCCAUGCUAAUUGGAAUGGGUCAUGAAUUUAAUCACCACUUGGAUAAUGAGUUACUUAACGAAUGGUCUAAAAGGGAAGGAAUUCCAGUGCAGCUUGCUCAUGAUGGCCUUAAAAUCCCUAUAGACCUAUGAUGAGGAAAAGUAGAUGAAUGGUACAUUGGAGAGGCGAGGGAAGACCCAACAAAGAUGUACCAGAAGCAUUGUACUACGAUAGAGAAGUUUGAGAGAAAAAGGUAAGUUUUUUACAUACCAUACCAUACUCUGAACUUUACACAUUUGCAUUUAAAUGUACUUGGGAAAUUCUAAACUUCUUUCUCAAUGCUCAGAAACUUUGGGUGAAAUUUUUGUCACUUCAUUAAUGGGUUACUUAGUUCCAA